GGCCAGGCUGCCAGCUCUGAGCAGCCCUGGAGCGCUACACGAAGUGGCUGCACCUUGGGGCAGGGGACAGGCCAGGCCAGACAUGCCAGCUGGCACCCAGCCCCACACCCCCUCGCCUACCCCAAGGGCUGUGCCCACUGGCCAGGGAGGACUUGGCUGCUUCCUUCCCGAGUGAUGCCAGUCUCUGAGGACACAUGUUUUCCCCAAGCCUUCCCUGGGGAGAGGAGGACCUGCUACCUGCCCCCGGACCAGGUGCAAUGAGGUGAGCACCGGUUCUGCUGAGCCUUUCAGAGCCACCAGCCAUGCCUGGGAUCGUGGUGUUCCGGCGGCGCUGGUCUGUGGGCAGCGAUGACCUCGUCUUGCCGGCUGUCUUUCUCUUCCUCCUGCACACCACCUGGUUCGUGAUCCUGUCUGUGGUGCUCUUCGGCCUGGUCUACAGCCCACAUGAGGCCUGCUCCCUGAACCUGGUGGACCACGGCCGCGGCUACCUGGGCAUCCUGCUGAGCUGCAUGAUCGCCGAGAUGGCCAUCAUCUGGCUGAGCAUGCGCGGGGGCAUCCUCUACACGGAGCCCCGGGACUCCAUGCAGUACGUGCUCUACGUGCGCCUGGCCAUCCUGGUGAUCGAGUUCAUCUACGCCAUUGUGGGGAUCGUGUGGCUCACACAGUACUACACCUCCUGCAACGACCUCACUGCCAAGAACGUCACCCUCGAGCUGGUGACCAGUGUCCCUGCAUCCCCUUGCUUCCCACGGCUGCCCCCAGGGAUGGUUGUCUGCAACUGGGUGGUCAUCCUCAGCGUGUGCAUCACUGUCCUGUGUGUCUUUGACCCCACGGGCCGUACCUUUGUCAAGCUGAGGGCCACCAAGAGAAGGCAGCGUAACCUGCGGACCUACAACCUGCGACACCGCCUCGAGGAGGGCCAGGCCACCAGCUGGUCGCGCCGGCUCAAGGUGUUCCUGUGCUGCACCCGCACCAAGGACUCACAGUCCGACGCCUACUCGGAAAUCGCCUACCUCUUCGCCGAGUUUUUCCGAGACCUCGACAUCGUGCCCUCCGACAUCAUUGCCGGCCUGGUGCUGCUUCGCCAGCGGCAGCGGGCCAAGCGCAGUGCCGUGCUGGACGAGGCCAACAAUGACAUCCUGGCCUUUCUGUCUGGGAUGCCCGUGACCAGAAACACCAAGUACCUCGACCUCAAGAACUCGCACGAGAUGCUGCGCUACAAGGAGGUCUGCUACUACAUGCUGUUUGCCCUGGCGGCCUACGGCUGGCCCAUGUACCUGAUGCGCAGGCCCGCCUGUGGCCUCUGUCAGCUGGCCCGCUCCUGCUCCUGCUGCCUGUGCCCCGCACGGCCCCGGUUCGCCCCCGGUGUCACCAUCGAGGAGGACAACUGCUGUGGCUGCAACGCCAUCGCCAUCCGGCGCCACUUCCUGGACGAGAACAUGACGGCGGUGGACAUCGUCUACACCUCCUGCCACGACGCGGUGUACGAGACGCCCUUCUAUGUGGCCGUGGACCAUGAUAAGAAGAAAGUGGUGAUCAGUAUCCGGGGAACCCUGUCCCCCAAGGACGCCCUGACUGACCUGACGGGGGAUGCUGAGCGCCUCCCUGUGGAGGGCCAUCGCGGCACCUGGCUGGGCCACAAGGGCAUGGUGCUGUCUGCUGAGUACAUAAAGAAGAAGCUCGAGCAGGAGAUGGUCCUGUCACAGGCCUUCGGACGAGACCUGGGCCGAGGCACCAAGCACUACGGCCUGAUCGUGGUGGGCCACUCCCUGGGCGCGGGCACAGCAGCGAUCCUGUCCUUCCUCCUGCGCCCGCAGUACCCAACCCUCAAGUGCUUUGCCUACUCGCCCCCUGGGGGCCUGCUGAGCGAGGACGCGAUGGAGUAUUCCAAAGAGUUUGUGACAGCUGUGGUUCUGGGCAAGGACCUAGUCCCCAGGAUUGGCCUGUCGCAGCUGGAGGGCUUCCGCAGGCAGCUACUGGAUGUACUGCAGCGAAGCACCAAGCCCAAGUGGCGGAUCAUUGUGGGGGCUACCAAGUGCAUCCCGAAGUCGGAGCUGCCUGAGGAAGUGGAGGUGACUGCGCUGGCCAGCAGCCGGCUCUGGACUCACCCCAGUGACCUGACGAUUGCCCUGUCAGCCAGCACCCCACUGUACCCACCCGGCCGCAUCAUCCACGUGGUGCACAACCACCCUGCGGAGCACAGCUGCUGCUGUGAGCAGGAGGAGCCCACGUACUUCGCCAUCUGGGGCGACAACAAGGCCUUCAAUGAGGUGAUCAUCUCGCCAGCCAUGCUGCACGAGCACUUGCCCUACGUGGUCAUGGAAGGGCUCAACAAGGUGCUAGAGAAUUACAACAAGGGGAAGACGGCGCUGCUGUCCGCGGCCAAGGUCAUGGUGAGCCCCACUGAGGUGGACCUCACGCCCGAGCUCAUCUUCCAGCAGCAGCCGCUGCCCACGGGGCCUGCGCUGCCCACCGGGCUGGCUCUGGAGCUUCCAGCCCCCGAGCAGUGCAACAGCAGUGUCAGGAGCAAGUCCCAGUCCGAGAUGAGCCUGGAUGGCUUCUCGGAGGGCCGUCUGCUGUCCCCUGCGGCUGCAGCCGUGGCUGCCCGCCAGGACCCCGUGGAGCUGUUGCUGCUGUCCACUCAGGAGCGGCUGGCAGCAGAGUUACAGGCCCGGCGGGCGCCGCUGGCCACCAUGGAGAGCCUGUCAGACACUGAGUCACUGUACAGCUUUGACUCGCGCCGCUCCUCUGGCUUCCGCAGCAUCCGUGGCUCGCCCAGCCUGCAUGCUGUGCUGGAGCGUGAUGAGGGCCACCUCUUCUACAUCGACCCGGCCAUCCCUGAGGAGAACCCGUCCCUGAGCUCUCGCACUGAGCUGCUGGCUGCUGACAGCUUGUCCAAGCACUCGCAGGACACACAGCCGCUAGAGGCUGCCCCGGGCAGUGGUGGUGCCACGCCUGAGCGGCCCCCAAGCGUGGCCCGCGCCGAGGAGGAGGCGGUGUCAGUGGUGGCCGGGGACAGUGUUGGAUCGCUCCGUGGGGAUCUGGCCCUGCACAAUGGCCGCCUGGGGGACUCGCCCAGCCCACAGGUGCUGGAGUUCGCUGAGUUCAUAGACAGCCUCUUCAACCUGGACAGCAAGAGCAGUUCCUUCCAGGACCUGUACUGCAUGGUGGCCCCCGAGAGCCCCACCAGUGACUAUGCUGAAGGGCCCCGCUCUCCCAGCCAGCAGGAGAUUCUGCUCCGUGCCCAGUUUGAGCCCAACCUGGUGCCCAAGCCCCCACGGCUGUUUGCCGGCUCCGCGGAGCCGUCCUCAGGCGUUUCCCUGUCCCCAUCCUUCCCACUCAGCUCCUCAGGCGAGCUUAUGGACCUGACACCCUCAGCCCUCAGCAGCCAGGAGUGCCUGGCAGCUGACAAGGCCCGGACCGCCACGCCCACUGGCCGAGGGGAUGACCUGGUCAUCCCUGCACGCUAGUUGGCUCUACAAGCUGCUGCUGGGCCUGGUGGCUCCGAGGGGCUGGGUGGCCUCAGGAUGGAGCGGCCCUGUGAGCUGAGUGUCUGCAUCCCUACCUCAGCCUAGGACCCUGGUCGCUGGGACCUGGCCCUGUGGAGCGGGACGGGCGGCUGGGCAGGCUCAUCCGAGGGUGUCCCACUCCCCAGUUCUGAGCAGGUGUGGGCAGCCAGCCCCCGUCACUGCCCUCCAGCUCCCGGCCCCCAGGGCCAACACUGGCAUCUGCCCUGCCAUCCCCAACUCUGCUGCCUGCUGGCCAGCCCCUGGGGGUGGCCUCACCAAGGUGGCCACAACGCUGUGUUUACAGAAGCAGCCGUGGAGGGUUCACGGAAAAGCAGGGUGGCCCUGUCUCCACCCCUGGACCUGGAGCCCCAACCUGCCCCGCCUGCCUGCUGUUUCCUGGCCCUCAUUCCACCCCCAGGGACCCUGGCCACUCACGAGGUGGUGGACACAGCCGGGACCGCUCCUGGCUGCAGAGUCAGCGCCCUGGGCAGAGAGAGACACUAAGGCCUUCCACAGAGAGCCCCCCUCCCCCCCUUGUGUACCCCCAGCCGGCCCGGCAGCCUGGGCCUGGAAUCUGAAGCCAAAUGCACCCCUGCCCCCGCCCUCGGUGGCCUGGGCUCCUUGUGGGACCCGGGCACUGCGUCCUCUUGGCAGGAAGCUGGGCGGUGCAGACCCUGUGCCCCGCCCAGGGGCGGGGCCUCCCUGCCGGGCAGGGAGGCCAUGCAUGCGGGCGCGGGCGCCGCGUGUGUGCAUGUGCGCGAGCGAGCGAGCGCCUUUCCUGAGGAGCACCACCCCAGCCCUUCCCAGCCCACCCAAGGGCGGGGGUGUGGGGCUCCGUCCUGGAGCAUGGCUCCUCCUCCCCUUGCUUCCCGCACCACGCGGGGCUGCCCUAUACCCUCACCCUGGCCCAUCUCAUGCCGCCCUGCCCCGCAGUCACUGGUACCUGGGCGCCCCCACCCCACAGACUGGGACCUUGCCUGGCACUGAUCACCCAAGGAGGGAGCUGGGUCUCCCUCUUUCUCUGAGCCUCCCGCUUCCCCGCACCAGCCUGCCCCUGCCCAACCCGAAGCGAGACAAGUCUGCGGCGCUCGAACUGGAAACGCUAGGCCAGCUCCAGUAGAGGAGUCGCCUGCCAGUCUGGGGUCUCUGCCAGGGUGGAGGGUCUGAUCUGGGGCGCCUAGGCCGUCAGGGACACACACACACAUCCACGGCUGGCACUGCACCGUGUUCCGCCCUGAGCCGGGGUCCUACCAGCCUGAAGGACGGAGCUGCACGACCCGUCCUCAGUGGGGGCCUGAGCCACUCCUCAGUCUGGGGCUCUGACAGCCCCGACCCUCAGCACAAGCUCUCCGGCCGGCCCCCUCCGUAGCCGGCCCCUCCCCUCUCUGCGUGCCAUUCCCGUGACUUUUAUACCUAAUGUAUGAGAGAGCCACGCUAAUACUGCUGUACAGAGGAGAGACGGAUGCAUAUAGCUUAUCUAUAAAUACAUCUGUAUAUACGGGUUCUGUAUAUUGUAUAGAACUGUGUAUAAAUGGACG